GGAGGAGAGGAGAUACAGGGUGAAUAAUAGAAAGGGAGAGUAAGCGAGCCAGCAAAGAUAAGACAGAGAGAGGUAGAUUAGAUGUUUACUGUACGUGGUGGACAGAAAAGGAGGAAGAUAUGUAUUAUGGCUAAGUGAGAACUUUGGUACAGAGCCGUGAUCCGAGGGGUGUGUGACUGUGUGUGUGAGGAGGUUCUGCAGACAUACAAGAGAACAUCUAACAGUCCCUACAGCAGUCUAACCCUGAACCCCCACUCCCCCUUCCACUCCCAUUCCCACCUCCAUCUCAACCUCUCACUCACCAUGGCUGAGCCGCCGGAACCAGUGCUCUUCCAGGGGCACCCAGUCUCAGCAGCCACCCCCAGCCUGGGGGAGUCCACAGAUGUGGAGUGUCCCAUCUGCUACCAGGAGUACAACCAGAGCAACAAGUGUCCUCGCAUGCUGGAGUGCCUCCAUGUCUUUUGCACCGAGUGCCUCCAUAGGAUCCAGCUGUCCCCGUAUCCAACUGACCCCUCGGACCCCCAGAGCCCUCCCAGUCCUGCCAUCUCCUGCCCCCUUUGCCGCCACCCCACCACGCUGGAGACAGGUGACCCCCUCACCUUGCCCUGCAACUCCCGUAUCCUGGCCCAGCUGCCGCCCAUGGCCUUCCGCAUGCCCACAUCGGUGACCACCCGACUGGCCACAGUCACUCAGAGUGUGGUCCUCUCCCUGGAGGCCAGCAGGGAUUCUCGCUUCAUCAUCCUGCCCACAGUGAGCCUCCGGGUGGAGCAGAUGCACCCCAGCGAUAGGCCCCACAGCGGUGGAGGACUGGUUGAUGAGGUGGAGGUGCUGCAGCACCACAGUAGGACCCUGGUAUGUGUGCAGCUGCUAGUCGUGGUCUUCUGGGUGUUGUUUGGGGUGACCUGCAUAGUGGCGGUAGUGUUCGGGCCAAGCUUCUUCUGCAAAUGAGGGGAGGAUGAACACUUUUACAUGAAUCCUUUCUUCUUUCCUCGAUGACUUUCUAAAGUAAGGAAAUGUGUAUUGUCAAAAUAUUUGAAUGUGGCCUCGAUCCAGAAUGAACUAUAGGCCUAUCUCAAACAGCCUUGAAACUGUAAAAUACAAAUAUGCUUACAAGAUCAAAGUUGAUGUAUACCGCCUCAUAAUCAGAUUUAGUUUAUGUAAGUAGCGCUAAUGUUUUUCAGAAAAUUCUGUAUACAGCUCUGUGUUCUGCUAUGCACUGAUUUAGAGUUCCCUCUAGUGGUGUAAUAUAGGCCGUUCUCAACUGUGAAGAUGGGCAUUAAUGGAGUUUUUAUUAUUACAUUGUACUACAGUCCUUGGCUAUUUAUUAAAAGCAUUUCAUAUCUGU